AUGGCCAGCUCGAAAGUCCUAGGGUUUGUGUUCGUUGCUCUGCUGUUUUUGGACUUGGCAUUUGCUGUGAGGUCAUCGCCAAAAUUACAGUCAUCCGACCGUAAUGCCGAUGAGUCCGCCGGCGAAAAGUCAUCAAACAAAGGCAAUAAGUCCGACUGCAAGAAUUCAUCCGACAAAGACAAUGAGAAUGGGUCCCAUGACAAGGAUUCAAACAACAAAGGCAACCAGUCCGACAACAAUACGUUGUCGGACUAUAAUAAGUCCGAUGACAAGGGGUCAAAAGAUGAUAAUAAGCCCUGUGAUAAGACGCAGGGCUGUAAUUGUGAUGGAAAUGAUAAAGGUGACUGUGGACUUCCUAAAGGAGGAGCAGGAGGUGGCGGUGGAGGAGGAGGGGGAGGAGGAGCACGUGGUGGUGGAGGAGGAGGAGGAGGCGGUGGCGGAUCUAGCUCAUUGGGCGGCAACGGCCAGGGGUUUGGAUCAGGUUUUGGUGACAACAAUAACGGGGGCAAUAAAGACGAAGGACAAGGUGGCGACAUUCCACAACCGAACGUGUAA